UUUAAAUGAUGACUAUAAUGUUUAUAAAAGUCUAACUAAUACAAAUAUUGAGGUAGAUAUGAGUGAUAUUGAGAAUGAUCAUGAUCCUGUUAAAGACUGUCAUCAAUUAUUGAAAUGGAUGAUAUAUCCUAUGGAUGUAGACAAUUUCUUCAAACAAAAUUGGGAAAAGAAUCCAUUAUAUGUAAACAGAGAGUCGCAUAAUUUUUACAAGAAACUUUUAACAUUACAUGUAUUAGAUGAUACAUUGAAAAAUAAUAAUGUUCUAUUUACUAAACAUAUUGACAUAACCUCCUACUCUAAUGGAGUGAGAGAGACUCAUAAUCCUCCUGGUCGCGCUUAUUCAAGUGUUGUUUGGGACUAUUAUAGAAACAAAUGCUCCGUGAGAAUGUUAAAUCCUCAAAUAUUUAUGGGCAAAAUACAUGCAUUAAAUGCUACUCUGCAAGAAUUCUUUGGUUGCUUUGUUGGUGCUAAUAUAUAUCUCACGCCACCUAAUAGCCAAGGUUUUGCCCCUCAUUAUGAUGAUGUGGAAGCAUUUAUCUUGCAAGUCGAAGGUGAAAAGAGAUGGAAAUUAUAUAAGCCACUUAAACAGAAUCAAUAUUUACCCAGGUAUUCCUCCAAGAAUUUUGACCAAUCAGAGAUAGGAGAGCCAAUAAUGGACACAAUUGUCAAAGCUGGAGAUUUGUUAUAUCUACCACGAGGAACCAUCCAUCAAGCAAUGACUCGUAAUAGUCAUAGCUUGCACAUCACAGUAAGCGUGUAUCAGAGAAAUAGUUGGUGUAACUUGCUUGAAAAAGUGCUUCCACAAGCUCUGAAGCAAGCCACUAAAAACAAUGUUUGUUUUCGUGAAGGACUACCGCUGAAUUAUUUAAAAUAUGUUGGUGAAGCAUACGAUUCAAGUUGCCAUAAAGAUGCUUUCAAGAAUAAUGUUAAAACAUUGAUUACUCUGCUAUUGGAUUAUAUCGAUAUUGACAAUGCAGCCGAUUUGAUGGCCAAAGGUCAUAUCCAUGAUUUUCUACCCCCUUAUGUCUUUAAGAAGGAACGGAGAAAUACAAUAUUGGAAGACGGCGAAUUUUUAAACAUUAAUGGGUAUAAGUGCUAUAAGGAAAUUAAGCUUUCGACUAGAAUACGAUUGUUAAGAUUGCAUUGCAUAAGAUUAAUAAAAGAAGACGUAUAUAAAAUAUAUUACUCUACCGAUAAUUCCAAAGAAUAUCACGAAUAUGAGCCACAUUUUUUAGAAAUUGACAAAGAAUUGGUACCUGCGAUUAAACAAAUAAUAACAUGCUAUCCUGAUUUUAUAUCUGUGAGGGAAUUGCGAAUCAAAGAUGAUGACAUAAAGAUUCAAGUAGCGAAAGAUCUUUGGGAAAAAAAUUUAAUUAUUACGAAGGUUCCUCUGUAAUCGAAGAUGAUGAUGACAUAAAGAUUCAAGUAGCAAAAGAUCUUUGGGAAAAAAAUUUAAUUAUUACGAAGGUUCCUCUAUACACAGAAUUUGAUUAAGAAGAGAAAGAACCAAAAACCUGGACGAGGAGCAUUUCCACGAGGAAUAGCUGUAAGGGAUUAAUGAUAAAGGAAAAUAUGAGAUACUUUAGUUAAGUUCACUCUUCAGCAUUCGGCUUUUUCUCGUGAGUGUUAUAAACAUUCAUACUAUAAUCACCAUAAUACGAAUCGGCAACGUAUGUUCUGUCUAAGUUAUUUCUUUGGUUUAUGAUAUAAAGUUCUUCAUCCAAAAGUUCAAAUAUCGAAAAUAUAUGUUAUAUGUAAUUUAUCGAAAAAUUAAUUUGAUUUUCUGGAUGAAAUUGGUAAUAGCAAAGUAUUAUAUAGUAAGGAACGGUAGUGUCGCUGCGUUUGGCUUAGCGCCGAGACACUACUGUGUCUUCAGAUUACAAGUAAAAAAUUGUGACAAUUGUUUUCUGACAUAGACCGGUUCUUAUUUCAAGAUCGUCUUAAAUAAUAUCUUAAGGCGAUAUUUACGGCCUUCUCAUUGGUUUGUAACAUCUCAAGACAGAACUGAAGAUGGUCUUGAAUAUAAGAACUGAUUAUGAAUAUUGACCAUAAUACUGAAUAUCCCGCAAUAUGAUAUCAACAGUACUUGAUUCCUAUUAUAAUUUUUAUAAUUUGUAUUAGCUCUUACAAUGUAUUUUACAUUUUGGGUGCCUCCAACAAGUGACACGGUGCGACACAAUGAUUAUCUCAUCCUUGUUUAACAUUGGCGAACAACAAGGACGUACUGAUACACUGUGUCACACCGUGUCAUGUGUGUCGCUUGUUGGAAGGCACCCUUUAUAAUUUCUUCUUUAUAUGUAUAUAAUGGUUCCUAA